AGUCUGUGUUUGGUCCGGUGCUUGGCAGCUGCUUGUCGUGCUCGGUCUUGCGUGGUUCGAGGGUUCGGGUGAUAAUAACAGUAACAUGGCACUCAGAGGAAAUGGAACGCUUAUCGCGCACAACAACUCGACCUACAUACCACCUUCCUUAAUGCCCGGAUACUGCGGCUAUGUUCCAACUUCAAAGUACUUGUAUGGAGACACAUUCGGGAAUGCCACCAUCAAAUACUUUCAGGACUUCCGCAGCGGGGCAAUGGCCUGCAGCACGAUCCCGUACAACCGCGGUGGGAUGUUCCCGUCCAUCUUCUCCAACAGCGGGCUCCUAGUGUCGGCCCAGCGGGCUCAGAGCCGCAGUCCCCUCUCUCAGAAACACCGGGAGAGCUAUAAGGACAAGACAGGAAAACGACUUCCCGUCAAACACUUCGUCAUCCCAGUGAAAGAGAGCGAAAAAUACUUCUGGGAGCAGAUGUACGAUCUAAAGUUGUGUAGUCAAUACAUAUUCCUGUAAUGUUUUUACAUGUACCUUAACGUACUAUUGUGAACAGAUGCGUAUAAAACAAAAUACUAUAAUAUAAUAAUAAUAUAUGCCAUUUAGCAGACGCUUUUAUCCAAAGCGACUUACAGUCAUGUGUGCAUACAUUCUACAUAUGGGUGGUCCCGGGGAUCGAACCCACUACCCUGGCGUUACAAGCGCCAUGCUCUACCAACUGAGCUACACAGGACCACAAUACUACUGAUGCAACAAAAAUAUUUGUUACUUAGACUGUCAUAACUGCUUUCAAUUUUAGAAAACACAUUGUAGGCUAUUGGCAAUGGACUUGUUAAUGCAUUGUAGUCUGUAUGAACUACAUUUAUAUAUUAUUUCAAAAUAAAACAUACUCAACCACACAUUACAAUUGCCCAUCUCUCCACUUAUAUUUUUCUCAAAUGCAUUACAAUGAUGUGCCCAUCCGAACCUGAUACACAAUUCGACCAACCACACAUCCUAAAUGACAAGCGAUUAGGCUGCAUUUACACAGGCAGCCCAAUUCUGAUCUUUUUUUUAAACCAAUCAGAUCAGCUCUGAAAAAGAUUGGAUGGGAAAGAUCUAAUGUGAUUGGACAAAAGAGCCAAUUAUUGGAAAAAAUAUCAGAAUUGGGCUGCCUGUGUGAGCACAACCUUGUUCUUAGUUUCCCACCCGUUUAAAGACUGACAUUAGACAUGUGUUCUAAACCUGACACGAACACUCUCUUAGGGCCUUACAUCUAACAUCACAGGAAACCUGCUAGAACACCGGGUGAAAUGCUGUCUGAGGAGAAAUUUAAUCUCUCUCUGUGCGUGUGUGUGUGUGUGUGUGUGUGUGUGUGUGUGUGUGUGUGUGUGUGUGUGUGUGUGUGUGUGUGUGUGUGU